UCCUGUACAGAUGAGGAAGUGUGGGCUUAGCCCUGUGUGAGUGUGAGCCGUGUGUGUAUAGUGAGUGCAUGAAAAGUGUGAGUGUGUGUAGCGUGUUUGGUCAUGCAUAGUAAAGUUUGUUUCUAAAGACAAAUAACGCGUCUUUGAGAGUCAUGCUUCAGAGGAGAACUUCAAAUGCCGCAGAGAAACCAAGGAAUAAACCAAAGCGCUCAUACAGCUUUGGCAGGUUCGACACGUCAAAAAAUCAGUCCAAGUUGGAGGAACAUGAAAGCACUUUGGGACAGGCUGAUGGCGACAGGCGACAGGCUGAUGGCAACUUGGCCGAAGGCGAUCAUAUCAAAGGGGGAUUAGGGAAGAAGAUGAAAGCCAUCUCGUUGACCAUGCGCAAGAAGAUGGGGAAGAAAUACGUUCGAGCUCUGUCAGAGGAAAUGGGAGACGGUGUAGAUGGAGACCAAGAAGCUGAAGCAGUGACUAAUGUGACUGAAGCUCCAGCCAAAGCCUGCACCAAGUCCAGUAACUCUGUGGAAAGUCUUUUCAGUCUCCACAGCGGCCAAAGCUCCACCAGUAGUGGGAUCACCAGUGGCUCUGAGGGCUCAUGUAAUAGAGACAGUCUAAGGCUGGAGGAGGAAGUUCCCGAAACCAUCCAUUUCUGCGGCAAAGCAAAAGUUCACACCGAUUUCCUCCCGAGUCCAUAUGACACAGAGUCUCUGAAACUCAAGGUUGGAGAUGUGAUUGACAUCAUCAGUAAGCCCCCCAUGGGCAUAUGGACAGGCAUGCUGAACGGCAAAGUAGGCAGCUUUAAGUUUAUCUACGUGGACAUUCUGGCUGAUGAGCCUGCUCCAAUGCAGAGGAUGGGAAAGCACAGGAGAAGCAGGAGACCUCGACCCAAAACACUCCAGGAGUUCCUCGAGAGACUGAACCUGGAGGAGUUCAUGUCCUCCCUGUUGCUGAACGGUUAUCAGACUGUAGAAGAUCUGAAGGAUCUGAAAGAGCAGCACCUGAUUGAGCUGAAUGUGUUCGAUCCCGAGCACAGACACAAACUGCUGGCAGCGACAGAGUGUUUACAUGACACAGAGGCUAACAGUCAGAGAGAAACGGAAAAUGAGGAAGUGCCCAAAUCUCCGAGCGCGAUGGAGAAAGCUGAACCGAACGACUGCCCCAGAGACUCGGGCUGCUACGUUGCUUCGGACUGCUCCGACAACAGCAGCAAAGAGGACACAGAAAACCACCUACCUGCACCUCUGUCCCCAUCACCAGCUGAGGUUUAACCACGCCACUGUGUGUUUCUCUGCUUGAGAACCUGACCUACAUCUCAGGAACAACACGACCCUCAUGCAAACGGGGCAGCGAUCAAUUGGCGUAAAUGUCAGGACAUUACUGUAGACGGAGAUUUAGCGCGAAUCUGGAGCCUUCGUUCCUUUUUGAUCUGUUAGUCAAUUGUGCCAUGAUACACAGAAAUCUGAUUUUUCAAUAUGUGUCUGUGUGUUGUGUCAAAACAUUCAUAUAGAUCACUCCUUUCAACAGUCAGCUUUGACUGUAAAUCAAAAAGAACAUAAAACACUGUAAAUAGAAUGUAAAUAACAUGUAAAAGAAAUACAUGAACU